GGGGACUCUAGCUUUUUUUCUUUCUUUUCUUUUUUUUGGAGGGAGCGGAACAAAAAGUGGGAUCAUGACGGGGAAGGAGGGAGCAGUGCUUUCAGACUCGGAGAAUAAACAGAAAUCAGCUUCACAGACUUGCGUGAGCCACGGGGGAGCCCACCAACAGCCGCCUGCAACCUGGAAGAUGGCCCCCACUGCGCAGCGGCGCACCGGCUUUGGGAUCCAGGAGCUGCUCGGCCUAAACAUAGAGCCGCCGGCGGCACCGAGGCGACCGCUGGAAGCUCUGCCGCACAGGGCGCACAUUCUGGCCGCCAGGUCAGCCCUGGGACAUGGAGGCCUCGGGGUCGGCGUAAGUUUACUGCGACCAGAGGGCAUACACUCGUUUUACAGCCAGCCUGCUUUUCUGGAGGUGCUGUCAGAGGCGCAAAAUGUGCACCUGCAGCCGCUGCACAGGACAACGCGCGUGGACUCGGAAAUGGACGCGCAGCACUCCACCAGCUCCGAUUCUGAUGAUAUGAGCUCCUCCGGCGAUCAGAAAUUCUCCAAAUCCUCUAUGGGUCAGAGCAAGAAACGAAAGAAAAGACGACACAGAACAAUUUUCACAUCCUAUCAGCUGGAGGAGCUGGAGAAAGCUUUUAAUGAGGCUCACUAUCCAGACGUCUAUGCCAGAGAAAUGCUCUCCAUGAAGACUGAGCUACCAGAAGACAGAAUACAGGUGUGGUUUCAAAACCGUCGGGCCAAAUGGAGAAAAAGGGAGAAGUGCUGGGGGCGCAGCAGUGUGAUGGCAGAGUACGGCCUGUAUGGAGCCAUGGUCCGCCAUUCCAUCCCGCUGCCCGAGUCCAUCCUCAAGUCAGCCAAGGAGGGCAGCACGGACUCUUACGCGCCGUGGUUACUGGGUAUGCACAAGAAGUCUCUUGAAAAUAUCCACACGUCUCCAGGAAAAGCCCACAGCCUGACAACGCCACCAGCUUCACCGGCACAAGAGAAAUUGGUGGAUAAAGUGAUAGAGGAGGAUAAGCCGAAGCAGAAUAAAGACACCGGUUCACCGAUUUCUAAAGAGGAACUGAGGGAGAACAGUAUUGCUGCGCUGCGAGCGAAGGCGCUGGAGCACAGCGCUAAGAUGCUCGGGACAGUUUCUGACAGAACAAACAUUCUCGUAACUCGUAAAGAGGAGGCCGAGGAGGAGUUGACGGAGAAGGAAACGGCGAAAGUGAGGAGCAACUGAAAGAGGCUACGGGAUGCGCUCUGCAGAGUGGCAGUUCUAAUGUUCAGAGGCGGCAGUCUUGUUGUGUUGGUUAAACUGAAUCUUGAUGCACGCGGAGUCACUUUGUGUUAUCAUACGUUCAUUUAGGUUUAUGUCUGAAGUCAAGUCUUUAGCUCUGCUGACUGAUUGAGCUUCAAUAACUCAAAUGUUGUAAUGUUUGUACAGCUAACCAAAAAUGCACAACACAUUUGUGCAUGUCUUCUCCUGCAGCUGAUGAGGAAGGGAAGGGAGGAGCACAGAAAUGUUUUCUUUUGAAUUCAUAAUGCCAGGUGGCAAAUUAGAAGGAAAAACCUGACUUCCCCACAUCUACAGUUAGAGGAUCGAGUGGCUUUGAUGUUGUUAUUGUGCUGUUGUGACAUGGUUUGGAUUCACUUGACCCCUUUAGAUGGAAAGCUUGUUGGAAAUCGAUGCAAAGUUGAUCUGAGCGACCGCUUUCAUGCUACGAUGCAACUUUUCUGUCCUACUGGAUGACACCGCCUCUGUCCACACAGGACACGAGGGAUCGUGAUUGAUUAUUCGAAAGUAAAAUCAUGUGAAUUGUGAGAUACCUGUAUAGCCGUAAAGCAGUGGCAGGUUUUGUUUUGUCUAAACCAAAUGAGGGAAUAUAUUUUUGAAGAAUGCUCUUUGAUCACUGCAGUGGAGCUCAAUCAAUCCUACGGCACGCUGAACUUGCUCUGGCAGCACAUUAGCAUAUAAAAAAAACUUUGUGUUGGUUUAUUUUUAAUGUAGUGUGUCAUUCUUCUGUCAUACAGCUACAGCUCUGUGAUUUGGCAGCUUUUCAUGUAAGCAGAGCCUGGAUUCAAGAGACUUUAUAUAACUUUGACCUCUGACUUCUCUGUGACCCCACGUCUCGGCUCGGUAACUGACACAGGUAUCAUUAAAACAGUCGAUACCAAAUCCUGUAAAAAGGUUUCUUCAGCUCUUAAAUAAGUGGUGUAAAUUUUGAACAUGCCCCAUAGGUAAUAUGGCGUUAUGUAUAGUUAACACCAAGUGUGUGUUUGUUUCUGUAUAAAUGUAAU